UGCAGCCACCCGGGCUCCGACAACUGCACCUACAGGAACUUCAGCAGCGCAGCGCAGGCGGUGACCGAGUGGUACCUCCUCCAGUUCACCAGCAUCCUCUCCAAAGUCCCGCUGCAGCAGAGGAUCAGGAUGGGCUACCAGGCAGAGGACAUGAUCCUGGCGUGUCUCUACGGGGCCGAACCCUGCAACUACAAGAAUUUCACCCAAAUCUAUCACCCAGACCACGGUAACUGCUACAUCUUUAACUGGGGCAUGGACGAAGAGGCUUUGAAUUCUUCCAACCCUGGAGCCGAGUUUGGGCUGAAGUUAAUUCUGGACAUCAGCCAGCAAGACUAUAUCCCCUACCUGUCCUCCGCUGCCGGGGCCAGGCUCAUGCUGCACCAACAGAAGAGCUUCCCCUUCCUGAAGGACCAGGGCAUCUACGCGAUGGCCGGGACGGAAACCUCCAUCGGCGUGGUGGUGGAUGAACUGGAACGGAUGGGCUAUCCCUACAGCGACUGCACCACGAACGGGUCUGAUGUCCCCGUACAAAACCUCUACAGCCAAUACAAUACCUCCUAUUCCAUACAGGCUUGCCUGCGCUCUUGCUUCCAAAACGACAUGAUCGAAAUCUGCGGAUGUGGUCACUACAUGUUUCCUUUACCCGAAGGGGCAAGUUAUUGCAAUAACGACGAUAACCCAGGCUGGGCGUAUUGCUAUUCCUUACUGAGGUCGAGUAUAAGACACAGGCAGAUCUGUAUCGACUCGUGCAAGGAGACGUGCAACGACACGCAGUACAAGAUGACCAUCUCCAUGGCAGACUGGCCGUCCGAAGCCUCGGAGGACUGGAUUUUCCAUAUUCUGUCUUAUGAAAGGGACAUGUCGACAAACGUGACCCUGGACAGAAAUGGGAUCAUCAAGCUGAACAUUUACUUCCAGGAGUACAACUACCGCACCAUCUCGGAGUCUGCCUCCACAACGAUCGUUUGGCUGCUGUCGAACCUGGGAGGCCAGUUCGGGUUCUGGAUGGGGGGCUCGGUGCUGUGCAUCAUCGAGCUCGGGGAGAUCAUCAUCGACUCGCUGUGGAUCACCAUCAUCAACAUGAUCAGCUGGUGCAAAGGCCUGAAGCAGAAGCGGGCGCAGGCGCGGGACCCGG